AUGGCCGCCGCCGCCACACUCCGCUCCGCCCUCCUCCUCUCCCCCGCCCCCUCCCGCGCCCUCCGCCGCCUCGCCUCCGCCUCCUCCGCGCCGCGCGCCCCCCGCCUCGCGCAGCCCCAGGUGCAGGGGUUCGCCCGGGCUCGCCGGUCCUACCCGGCCGCGUUCGCCGCCAUGUCGACGUCGUCGGGGGCCAAGGAGGCGCCGGCCAACAACCCGGGCCUCCACGCCGAGGCCGACCCCGCCACCAAGGGCUACAUCAUGCAGCAGACUAUGUUCCGCGUGAAGGACCCAAAAGUGAGCCUUGACUUCUACUCGCGUGUGAUGGGCAUGUCGUUGCUGAAAAGGUUGGAUUUUGCUGAGAUGAAAUUCAGUUUGUAUUUUCUUGGUUACGAGGAUUUGUCUGCAGCCCCUGCUGAUCCUGUCCAGCGGACUGGAUGGACUUUUGGGCAAAAGGCUACAAUCGAGCUCACUCACAACUGGGGCACAGAAAGUGAUCCUGAAUUCAAAGGGUACCAUAAUGGGAACUCAGACCCUCGUGGAUUCGGCCAUAUAGGGGUAACUGUGGAUGAUGUUUAUAAGGCAUGUGAGCGCUUCGAACGUCUUGGGGUAGAGUUUGUGAAGAAACCAGAUGAUGGGAAAAUGAAAGGCAUCGCAUUCAUCAAGGAUCCCGAUGGCUACUGGAUUGAAAUAUUCGACCUGAAGAGAAUCGGGGAGGUGACUGCUACUGCAUCAUGA